CUCGCUGGUGUGGAGGGAGGGUGUGGUGUGGGGACGCGCCCCAACCGAAAGAGGAGCUUCCUAAGAGCAGCAAAGCCCCAGGCAUACCAAGCAACCAGACCCACGGACUGGGGAGGGAUAGGCUGAACCUGGACUCCCUGCAGGGGCACCUAGGAGGGGCGGCCAACUCCAGGUGUGAGGGCACUGAGUGUGGGGAGAGGGAGCCCGCUGAGAAAGGGAAGAGGCAGAGCUACUGCACAAGUGCAGGGAGCGGGAAGCUACACCGGCCACCGGCUGCCGCUUCCCGCCGCCUCCAGCCUCGGCAGCAGCAGGAACAGCAGGGGGAGGAGCAACAGCUGCCAAAUUCGCCAACUGGAAGAGGGGGAGGCGGAGCUUGAGUCCCAGUAGAAGCUGAAGCACAGCCUGGACUGUAGUUUCCCGGGAGAGACCAGAGCAGGAACAAGAGCCGAGUGGAGUGCAGUCUUCCGAGCAUCAGCUCCCGCAUCCCGCCAGGGGUUGAAGGUGUGUGGGAGGCUUGAACCUAUUCCAGUAUGGCUUUCCUUGGACUAUUCUCUUUGCUGGUUCUAUACAGUGUGGUGGUAGGGGCCACUUUCUCUGAAGAUACCAUUGCUGAGUUGUCAGUGAAUAUGUAUAACCAUCUUCGAGUCACCGCGGAAGAUGAAAAUAUUCUCUUCUCUCCAUUGAGUAUUGCUCUUGCCAUGGGAAUGAUGGAACUUGGCGCUCAGGGGUCCACUCUAAAGGAAAUCCGCCAUUCAAUGGGAUAUGACAGCCUGAAAAAUGGAGAUGAACUUUCUUUUUUAAAGGAUUUUUCAAACAUGGUAGCUGCUGAAGAGAGCCAAUAUGUGAUGAAAAUUGCCAAUUCCCUCUUUGUGCAAAAUGGAUUUCAUAUCAAUGAUGAGUUUUUGCAAAUGGUGAAAAAAUACUUUAAUGCAGAAGUAAAUCAUGUGGACUUCAGUCAAAAUGUAGCUGUGGCCAACCACAUCAAUAAGUGGGUGGAAAAUAACACAAAUAAUCUGCUAAAAGAUUUGGUGUCCCCAAGGGAUUUUGAUGCUGCCACUCAUCUGGCCCUCAUCAAUGCUGUCUAUUUCAAGGGGAACUGGAAGUCACAGUUUAGACCUGAAAAUACUAGAACCUUUUCCUUCACUAAAGAUGAUGAAAGUGAAGUACAGAUUCCAAUGAUGUAUCAACAAGGAGAAUUUUAUUAUGGGGAAUUUAGUGAUGGAUCCAAUGAAGCUGGUGGUAUCUACCAAGUCCUAGAAAUACCAUAUGAGGGAGAUGAGAUAAGCAUGAUGCUGGUACUGUCCAGACAGGAAGUUCCACUGGCCACUCUGGAGCCAUUGGUCAAAGCACAGCUGAUUGAAGAAUGGGCCAACUCUGUGAAGAAGCAAAAAGUGGAAGUAUACCUGCCCAGGUUCACAGUUGAACAGGAAAUUGACUUAAAAGACAUUUUGAAGGGUCUUGGAAUAACUGAAAUUUUCAUCAAAGAUGCAAAUUUGACAGCCCUGUCUGAUAACAAAGAGCUAUUCCUUUCCAAAGCAAUUCACAAGUCUUUCAUAGAGGUUAAUGAAGAAGGCUCAGAAGCUGCCGCUGCCUCAGGAAUGAUUGCAAUUAGUAGGAUGGCGGUGCUGUAUCCUCAAGUUAUUGUGGACCAUCCAUUUUUCUUUCUUAUCAGAAACAGGAGAACUGGUACAAUCUUAUUCAUGGGACGAGUCCUGCAUCCUGAAACAAUGAACCCAAGUGCACAUGAUUUUGAGGAACUUUAAAUGACUCCAUUUGAGUAACAAGGAAAACUGCAACAAAGCACAUUAUGUUUGCAACUGAUCUAUAUUUAGGAUUUGUGUUUUACAGUGUAUCUUAAGAUAAUGUUAAAAAUAGCUCCAGAUAGAAACAAUAUAUGUGAAUUACAGGUCAACCUGUCAAGGAUAUUAUCAGUAUUAAGGUAGUGGUCCUGUUAUGUCAUUGUGUUUGCUAUGCUGUUGUUUAAAAUAAAAGUACAUAUUGAACAUGUAAACAGCUGUUUUUCAUUUUAAAAGUAGCAGUAGUAGUAUACAUAUACCUGUCAGUUAAAUUUGGAAACAAUGAUAUUUCAGUAGAAAUUGGAGUAUGCAGAUACCAAUAUGAGAAUUUGGAAAUAGUAAUGUUUUGGGGCUUCUUAAGUCUUUCAUAAUCAUGCAGAAUCAAAGCACCAAGGUAAAUUAGCAUUGCAGUAUAGAGGGCAGGACAAGGAAAUGUAAGCUGAAUGUCUGUAAAGCUCCAUAACAAAACCUGUUAGAAAAAAAUAGGACUAUGCAAACCCUUAUAGACAUUACUGGUUUGUCUAUUUACAAUGGUAUGAUGCUUUUUUAUCAUUAUUUUAGAGUGUACUCCUUCCAUUUAUUAAAAAUAAAAAAGGUUUACUGUAAAACAA